AUGAAGACUUUCGUUGCCAUCACUCUACUCGCCGCCCUUGCAGCUGCGAAGCCGCAACACUACACUCGUCCUACGCAACCGCCGCCAUCAGCGCGUGCUGCUCUUGCUACCCCACCACCCAGGGUUUGCGAUCGUAGAUGCGAGGCCGGGCCGCCUACCAACUGUGGUGAGGGAUGGGAACCUGCUCAGCUUGGUAGAGAUGUUCGAGAGCAUUGA